AAGUCAGGUCUCUUGGUCACGGUGCCGACUGCCUAACUAUGGACUGUUGCAUUUAGAGAUGGGGCAGACUCAACAAACAGGGAGUUGUGAGGAGAUUGACGUUAAAGCUCUUCAGGAUAUGUAUAAAAAAUUUGUCCUGGAAUGCCCGAGUGGAGUUCUUUUUCUGCAUGAGUUUAAACGUUUCUUUGGUGUGGACCCAACAGGGGAAGCGUCUGAUUAUGCGGAGAACAUGUUCCGAGCCUUUGACAAGAAUGGGGACAAUACAAUUGAUUUUCUUGAGUUUGUGGCAGCACUGAAUCUCGUUUUCCGGGGAGACCUGGAACAUAAACUACGCUGGUCAUUCAAGGUGUAUGACAAAGACGGCAAUGGCUACGUGGACAGGAAUGAGCUACGCUCAAUAAUUGAUAGUAUCUAUCGGAUCAAAAAGUGCUCAAAGAAAGACAUGAGCGAGACACAACUUUCAGUUGACGAGGUUGUGGAACGAAUAUUAGAUGCUGUUGACUUUGACCGAGACGGUCACAUUACUUUGGAAGAGUUUAUUAGAGGUGCACAGGAAGAUCCAUGGGUGCUAAACAUGUUGAGGUUGGACAUGAAUCCGGCUGGAUGGGUUCUGGAGAACAGAAGAAAGAGUGCACAUUUCUGAUGCGUCAACUUUGCCUUUGCUGUGAUGUGAAAUAGACGCAGUCAUGGUGGCAGAAAUACAACAGACUAUUUUUUUAUUCACACGUCUGUGCCAUUUAUGUACAUGCCGUUUCACAUUCACAAAUUGAAAACAUAUUGUCUUCAAUCAGUUUAAUUAACAUUAACCACAAUUUGGUUUUUGGCACUAUCAGAACCCAUUACAACAAUUGUAAGAAUAUACAAAAUGACUGCUUAUUGGUUUUUGCAUAUGACUCUGUAGUUUCAUUGUUACAAUUGCUCUUAUGUUUCAUUCUGCUGACUUAAAAUAUUCAAUUAUGAAUUUAUGUUUAGCUUUUUUUAAUGGGCCAUUUUACUCAAACCAACAGCCUUAUUGCCAUUAAGUGUCAAUGAGUAAAUAAUGACUCUAUACAAUGUUUUAAUAAAAAAUAACUUUCUUGCGGCUUUUUGUAGAUUUUUGAAAUUUCAUUUUAUGCUGUAUCAGCAAUUUAACUGCUUAGUUAUAUUACUCAGAUCUCUAAGUACUGUUUAAUUUAAUAAUAAGUAUCCACAUUUGCAAAUAUGCAAAUAUAUAUGUUGGCAUAAUAUUUUUCACUGUAGAUAAUAUUUUACUGCUGCUAAAUGCUCAUUUUAAGACCUAUUCAUAAAGGAAACACUGCAAAAUGUUGCUUUGUCUUGUUUUCUGGCAGUUUUGAAAGAAUACUUUUUAUUAUUUUAAUAAAAAUAUGUUUUGCUAUCAGUUACACAGUUGUGCACAUCAACCAAAUACUUUUUGAAACCUUCAUCAUAGUCACCAAUAAGCCAUGUCUUUAAAAUCUUAGCAUAAGACCAAGUGUAAACAGAUCAGUUUAUGCCAUUAUGCUGGUGCGGAACCCCAUAUCUGUUUUCUCUCCCUAUUUAUAUUAUGUUCCAUAUUUACUUUUUUUGUGCCCUGCUUUCAAGUGCAUACAUGAAUAGCUGUCCAUGCCUUUUUAAUUGGUAUUAAUUGUAAAUACAUCUGUUUGGGUUGCUGAAUAAAAUAAAACUAACCAUA